AAGUCCACAGUUUCUUUUUGCAGGAACAGACCAGCUCAGAAUAUCAGGUAACUACUAUCCACAGGGAGAGAGCUCUUCAGCUGACAAACGGAUCUACUUAGAGAAACAGGGCAGGUGGAGCGAAGUAAAGGAAAAAGGGAAAGAAGAGGAAGAGAAGGAAAUGACACUUUGUCUGUAUGAGUGUCUGAGAGCGGUUGGGCUACAGCAUCACUAUGCCAGGUUUACAUCAGUGGGUGUUUGUCGUACAGCCCACAUCUCAGUGCUCACCAUGGAGGACUACCCCCUGCUGGGGAUACACACAAUGGAGGACAGGACUCGGUUAUUUCAACUUGUCCAAUUUGUCAAAACUCUUGAUCUGGAGGGCCUUGGAUAUGAUGAUGAUGAUGAUGAUGAUGAUUAUCACUAUAGUCAUGGUGGACGCGUCGAAGGCAGCACUAUAGUGGAUAGCAGCUUUUGUCAUGAUAGUGACAGCAUUUUUAAUGAUGAAGAUGGUAAUGGAGCUGCUGUCAAUAAUAUAAUUGCCAGCACUUUUGCCAGACCAUCACAUGUUCGCAGGCGACUUGAUUUCAGUAAUGAGACCAGUGAUCAUCAUCAGCGGUUGUCUCAUCCUGUUGUUCACGUUAACAUGAGGUAUGCCAGAUAUGAGGAGUCCAUUAGGAAAAAAGGAUCUGCUACCUCUGUGCAACAUCAAUAUAGGCCAAAACCCAAGCCUGCAAAUGUGACAUCAAACACAUUUAAUCACAAACCUUUGGGUCACAAAGACAGAAAAAGAACCACAAGGAAGAAAACUCUUUAUACAGAAAUGGACACUGAUGGAUGUAUGUGUAAGCCAACACCUGUUUAUGAAGCAAAGAGAACAGCUGGAUAUAACUAUGGACUACCAAUGAGUACUCCUCCUGCUCAGUGCAAACAAGCCAGGCAAGCAGAAGAGCAGCGGAUUAAGGUGUGUGUGAGGAAAAGACCACUGACAUGCACCGAGAGCCGACAAAGAGAGGCAGAUGUUGUGACGACUCCAGGUGGAGAGUGUGUGAUUGUCCAUGAAGUCAAGGAAGCCGUGGAUCUCUCACAAUACAUACUGCAGCACAAGUUCUACUUUGACCAAGUUUUUGGGGAGAAAAGCUCCAACGAAGAGGUUUAUCACCAAACAGCAUAUCCUCUGGUGCAGCACAUGCUCAAAGGAGGCAAAGUCACCUGCUUUGCAUACGGUCAAACAGGUGCAGGGAAGACUCACACCAUGCUGGGUUCACCUGCCAUUCCAGGACUAUAUGCUCUGGCAGUUCAGGACAUCUUUGCUCACCUGUCAGCCACACACUCAUACCAGCUGGUGUUUGUCAGCUUCUUCGAGAUCUACUGUGGUCAGCUGUAUGACCUCCUGGACCACAGAAAAAGGUUAUUUGCUAGGGAGGAUGGACAGAAAGUGGUUCACAUUUCAGGGCUGCGAGAUGUCAGAGUGGACUCAGUCAGCUCUCUGCUGGAGGUCAAGCAGGGCCGCAGGACAAAUUCAUCUACUUCAACACCAAAUAAAGUGUUUGAGGUUUGGAGCGUUAUGACUCAGGUGAUUUCUCAGGGUACAGCCGAGCGGACACAGGGGAUGAGUGGCGUGAAUCCACUCUCUUCUCGAUCCCACGCCUUGCUUCAGAUUCAGCUUAGAGAUUCAAACCAGCAGAUAGCUGGCAGAAUGUGGUUUGUGGAUCUGGCAGGAAGCGAAAGAGCAUCCGAUGCCAAAGAACCUGACAGGCAGAGCCGCAUGGAGGGAGCUGAGAUCAACCAGAGUCUGUUGGCUCUUAAAGAAUGUAUCCGGUCACUUGAUCAGGAACAAUCGCACACACCUUUUAGGCAGAGCAAACUGACUCAGGUUUUGAAAGAUUCAUUUGUCGGUGACUCAAUGACAUGCAUGAUUGCCAACAUUUCACCUGGUCACACAGCAACGGAGCACACACUUAAUACACUGAGAUAUGCAGACCGGGUAAAAGAGUUGAAAAGACAAGGAGGGCUGAGAGGAAGAAGAAGAAACAGAGGCAAGCCAGCAGCCUCACCCAAUCAAAACCUGUUCAGCAGCACCACUGGUAGCACUGUUAGCAGUAGAGGGAAAAGUCCUCCAAAGAAGCCAAAGUUAACAAGACAAAGCGAUUCUUUCGGUCCCACAACUCCUACCACAAGGUCACCUGUGAGGAGUGCAUUUCUCUGCUCCACACCCAAGAACACCAAAUGUGGAGAGGAAGCAAAUGCGAGACGGAGGGGAGAGAUCAGACUUGAACAUAUUUCUCCAGUUAGAGGUUGGCUGAGAAUAGGUGACAAAAGGCAUCGGAGAAAUGAAGCAGAUGAAUUAGGAGGGGGGAGAACAGGAAAUGCCAGUUUAAAAACUAUGGAGAGACAGUCUGUUAGUCAGCAAAGCCCCAGGGCAGUGCUGGAGUCGGGACACCAGCAAAGCCCCAGGGCAGUGCUGGUGUCGGGACAACCAAAAGACAAGCGUGUAUGGAAGGUGCAAAAGGAGGGAGAAGCUCAUGAGAAUGAUUCAUUUUUUACUGAAAGUAAAUCUGACUCCUGUUUCAGAGAAGAAGAACAUGAGCAACAUGCUAUGAAAGGUGGAAUAAAAAAAGGUGGAGAGAAUGGAGAUGCAAAUAGUAAAGGGGAAGGGAUAAUACAAAGGGGGUUACCAAAGGCCAAUGAAAGGGAUAAGGAAAGAGAGAGGCAUCUGAGAUGGUAUCACAAGCAGCUGCAGCAGUUUAUGCCCUCUUCUGCUUCUUUAUCCAGCCAACUCUCCUCACCCUCUAUAUAUCCAUCUCCCUCUUCCUCUACUCAGCCUUCUGUCUCUCACCUCUCCAUUUCUUCCCGUGCGAAUCAUGGUUUGGAACUGGUUUUAGAUGGAUGCACAACCAGAUCUGAAGAUAGAGUUAAUGGUAACAGAGGACGGGUGUUUUCUCCCAGCGCUGAGAUUCUGUUACAAACUGAAACCUCUUCGAUCUCUAAUAACAUUAGUGAAGAGGAUGCUAAUGGAGACACUGGUGGUGUUGGGGAAAACUCGAGGGCAUCUUUGGAAGGAACAUGGACAGGAUUUGAACAAGAAAGGAGUAGAAACGAGAAGAGGAGGUCACUUGAGGCAGCAAGUGAAGAAAGGCAAAGAAGGAAAGAGAGGAGGCCAGCUGGAGUGGAGAGGGGAGAAGGGAGGUGGGUGUGGAUGUCAAAUGGGACAGCAGGUGCUGUCUGCUUUGACACAAGUGAGACACAAUUGUGUCACAGCUCUGAUUCACAAGACAGACUGGAAGUGGGUGUGGCGGGACUGAAUACCUCAGAUGACCCAGCUGAUGGAGUGUGGAGUGCUGGGAAGGGGGGAGCAGCUCAAAAAGGGUGUUUAUUGUCUGCUCACAUGAACAAUGAGGGCAACAGCCUCAUUAGCUACCCCCCUGCAGAGCAGCCCCUCUCCCCGGACUGUGAACAUACCAGCACACUCCUGACCCCAGUUAUGCUUAGUGCUGCCUCUUUUGAAUCAAAGUGUACAAGAGUCAUCCCAGAGGCAGUACAAUCAAACACAGAGAGAGAGAAAGAACUAUGGUUUCUUGCUAAUCCCGGUAAAUUGCCAGCUACAUUACCUUCCACUACUUCCAUCACACCUACUGAACCCCUUAACAAACCACCAGAAAAUCCAGCUCACACUCAGCUACAUAACCAUUCAGAAGUCAAAAAGUUGGUUUUACCUCAAAAUGAGACUCUGGUGGAUUCUUUUAGCUCCAUCAUGGAGCCCCUCAGCAUCUCCCAGCUUCAAGUGGAUCAACAGGCUGCUACAAUCUCUUUCCUGCGAGGGGACAACAAAAACACCUUGCACAGUCCUUUUAAUGACAAUAGAGAAUACAACAAGUGGGAAGAGAUGGAGGAAGUUGUAGAGGAUGAGAAUACAGGUUUGCAACUGUCUUUCGUGGAACUGCCACAGGCAAAGACGCACUACCCUCCCUUAUCUGACACUACGACAGCUACGAAUCACACAGAGGGAAAACAAGACGUACAUCUCAGUAAUUGUUACACAGGUAUUCCUGAAGAUAUUUUGAACUCCUCACAGGAUCAAGAUAGCAAUCAGAAGCAAACACCACCAGCUACAUUCAACAGACCUCCUACAUCACCACUUAAAAAAUCUACAUGCACUUCUGUGCAAGGGUUGCCCAGUUUGCAGGAUUUAAUGACAAAUGAUGCACAAGUUCCACCAGAAUAUGCACAUGAUAACCACGAAAAACUUCCAUUAGCUUCCAUUUUAACACCACAAUUAGAAAGUGUCUCAGGUUACAGCCCAGCAAGCCAGUGUCACACAGUAUAUUCAAAGCAUUCCUCCAACUCAACCACUUCACUCCAACCAAACAAUCUUGGAGAGUUUAAUGAUGAAGAAAGCGCCACUAAUCACCACGUUAGACCCACGAUCCAGCUGUUUAAGCUGGAUGACUUAGACCACGCAAAGUGGUGUAUAUUCAAGGCCCACUGGGAGCAGCUAAAAGAGAUGGAAGCUUUAUGUCGUAAAGAGGGGAAGCUUCUGUGCCAGCAGCCUGAUAUGGCAUUUGGAGAAUAUGUCCAGCAGCUGGAGGAAAUCAUGGAGAAAAAGGCUUGGUGUGUACACAGCAUGAGAGCUCAGCUACAGCCAUAUCUGAAGCCCAUCACCUCAAUCCACCCACAGGGAGCAGACGAUCACAGAUCAACUAGUUGAAUUUGAGUUAAUAAUACUUAUGUUUUUGUGCAAUGUUUUCAGUGACAACAAUAACUGCAGCUUGCUACAUAUCGUACAUAUAUGGUCAUCCUAUAUGCUUUGUUAUGUUUAAGUAAAUUGAGCUUGAUGAGUUCUUGGACAGCUGUCACUUGAUGUGUUUGAUGUCAAAAUGCAUGAUGCACUAAGGGUUUUACUGGUGAAACGUGCAAUCACAUGUUUUUCUUUCAUGGUGACAGUAAUAUAUAUGGAAUUCUGAUUCUGCCACUAAAGAUAGUUCUUUCUAUCUAUUUUUUCUUAGUUUUCUGUCCAUGAAAACUGCUGAUUUUGUAAUUUUUCAUUAAAGAAAAUCUUUGGUUUUAAUCUUAAUGCAUGUUUUAUUCACAGCACCACUAUCUGGACAAAGCUAAAUCUGUGUCUCUGGGUUGACAACUCAUAGAACCACGGAUUUGUUUGAGCUUGAUCUCAGAUUGUAAUAGAAAUGCUUGCUUAGCAGACUGUUUUCUAGUGUUAAAUUUUUUAAGAUUUCAAGAUUGCUGAUAUCUGUUGUGUUGUGAUCUCUGAAUUUGAAAUCUUCCUCUUUAAAUGUCAGUGUUUAACUUUGGGUACUGUGUGCACAUUUUUCCACAGAGGGCAACUGAAAAUCAAUAAAAUAAGGACUAAAAAAAGUAUACCCAAGCACUUCUUUGUAUUAAAAUUAUAGCACAUCCUUCUACAUUUUUAUCUAAGCUCAAUUUGACAUUGAGUUUUGUGCUGAGUCUUCUGAUAAAUAAUAUGAAAGCAGCAUGCAUGAGGAGAACAAAAAAGUGGU